AUGUCUGUUCCUACGAUCAAUUUUGCAACCCUGCAACCUGCCAUUGUAUGGAAGGUGAAUGCCGGGGCCGCACAUCUUAUUGGACCUCGCCAGAGUGGCUCGACUUUAAUCCAUUUUGAAACCCCCACUGGGACUAUCGAGACUGUGCCUGGUUUUGAACCCCAAUUCUCCGCCAAAGUCGUCUUUGGUGCCGACUGGCUUGAAUUCGACCCUGACAAGAAACAUGCGCGCAUUAACAUGAAGGCUGUUGCCACAACUGAUGAUGGCAAGGACAUCAGUUUCGGAUAUGAAGGCAUCAUAGAAUUGAAUGAGGCAGUGAUGAAGAUUUUCAACAUGGAGCCUGAUUCUGUCAGUGUUCCAUUCGGGUUCAGCACGGGAUCCCAUCAAUUCCAUAGUGGCGAUCCAGCCCUUAAGGAGCUACAGAACAUGACCCUGGUGGGCAAUGGACGUAUGCUGGUAGAUGAGGAAACGCGCGUUAUUACGGUGGAAUCUCGUAUCUCACGCGUGGUUCCUGCCACUGGAUUUGAUUAG